GUAUUUUUGGGCACCCAUCAGUUUCCAAAUUCGACCUUGUCGUCGUCGUAACCACAAUCUUCACCGCUGCCGUCGACGACAGCGACAGCCAUGCCUCGCGAAAACAGCUUCUCCGACUCUGAAGGUCGUUCCUUGACGCCAGACCUCUCAGAAGAAGAGGAGGCAAAUGGAGGCGCCCCGCCCAUCUCACCGACCUAUUCAGUUCGACCGCCAUUCCUCGCUGAGCCACCGUCGCAAGAGCACGCUUAUUCCCAUGGCUUGCUGGCCUCGCCUUCAACACAUUCCCUUCAUUCUCGAAAAACCACGCGUAGUCGAAGAAAAGUGGAGCCCAAGGACAGGUUUCGAACGGCCGUUCGCAAAAUCAUUGCCAUGCAUCGAGGCACGAGCAUGAUAACGACGCGAGGAAGGGUGGGCGCUGAGCCGGGUGUGGAUCCUCGUCGCGCCUCUGCCGACAUUCAGUACGGCAGUAUCAGGCAGAACUGUGUCAUCGAGCUCUUUGACUAUUCGUCCGUUCGUCACAGUUUUGGGCGCAUGACGAACAAGGAAUUCAUCAAUUUUCUUGAUGACCCCGGCGCGAGCAAGCCAGAGCCAUGGGUGAAGGUUAGAUGGAUCAACAUUGGAGGCAUGAGCUGGGACGUCAUCAAGGCCGUGUCGCUCAAGUACGAUCUCCAUCCUUUGGCUCUUGAAGACGUGUUCCAUACACGGAGUCAAACACGUUCCAAGGUUGACUACUACCUCAAGCACCUCUUCCUCCGUAUCCUUGUCCACGAGAUAGGCGACCCUGACGACACUCCCACGCCCUUACAUGCGACUGCAGCUUAUGGCUCUACUCUCACGGGUCUGCCACGGUCUUCAUCUCCAUCACCCUUCGAAGACGGUGAUAGCAUCGAGAUGAAGGACAGCGGCUUUGCUGAAGAUGAUCGAACGGUGUAUGGAGAGAUCACACCCAUGUCUACCAUGAGGAACAGAAAGGGCCGCAGUACCUUCAAGUCGGCAGAUCCGGAAAAGGGAAGCUCCAAGUUCAGCAGAUUGAGCAAACUCGGCAUGCUUGACGCUGAGGAAGAAGCCCUUAAGCGGCAGGCGGAAGAGGAAAUCGCGCUUCAGGCCUUGAAGAAGGACGGUGACCGGGUAAAUGUCAAGGUCUACCCUCUGCACAUCUUUCUGUUCCGAGAUGGCACGGUUAUAUCGAUGCACGGAAACGCAUCGCUUGAACUCACUCAGCCCAUCGCCAAUCGGCUUCAUCAGCGUGAUACCGGGCUUAGGGCAUCGGCUGAUCCUUCUCUGCUGGUUCAGAGUUUGUUGGACUUGACUGUUGACAAGGCACUAGAAGUCAUUGAUGUUUACCACGCCAAAAUCCAGAAGUUCGAACGUGCUAUUCUCUAUAAACCUAAAAUUAAGACAGUACGGAACUUGCAUCUUCUUAAUGAGGAUCUCAUUCUCCACAAACGUACCAUGGAACCAAUUAAGACUGUGGUAUACGGUCUACGACGGUACGACGUCGACCGAUGCGCCGCUCUCAUCGACGAAUCGAAGCUUGAGACGGCAAACGGAAACGUCAAGGUUGUUGGUUUCAUGUCCCACAAAUCCAAAAUCUAUCUGGCCGAUGUGUACGACCAUGUGGAGUAUAUCCUGUCAAGCCUGGACAUGUUUGCAGGAAUUACGCAAAAUCUGAUCGACUACACGUUCAAUAUGACCUCCUAUGAGAUGAAUGAAAUCAUGCGUCGAUUGACGAUAGCGACCAUCAUCUGUCUCCCGCUGACACUGCUCACGGGUUACUUUGGAAUGAACUUCAACGUCAUGUGGUCGGUCCAAAACAACUCGGACAGUCUAUUCUGGGAGAUUGCUAUCCCCGUUAUGUGCCUCGUUAUACCUCUCGCCAUCUGGCCGGACCUUAUGAGAAUGGUGCAUUACGUGAAGAAGAAAAUGCUAACUCGUCAAGCCGUAAAGAGAUAUCGUCGGCGAUAGUUCAACCGUUAUGCUUACCUAGCUCUCAUCUCACUUGCAUCUAUAUACCCCAUACCAUAUAUUUAGACACGUCCUCAUGAUCAUAGUUGCAUCCACAUAUCUCGUACACCUCUAUUUCUUUAGGUUCUUUAAGGACAUCUUUUAUUCCAUUGGGUUUAUCGCGUGCUGUUCGCUGUGCUCUCGUCGUUGAUUUUACUUUGAAAAU